UAAGUUUAAGUAGGUACCUACUAGACUACGUAAAAUUUCGAAUCUGAAAUAACCAAUUGAUGAAUUCACCAGCAUCAUUGUUCAAUUGAGCACCAAUCAUCAUAGAGUAUAUUCUCAACAUCCUUCAAAUGAAUGAAUUGAAGCUAGUGAUAGAAGAACGGAUUUAAAAUGACCAUUGAGUUAAUACCUGAUUGUACCGUUUUGGUUAUUGAGAAAUGAGCAUUGAGAACUAACUAUCGGUAAUUAUUGACUAAUGAGUUUUUUGAUUUGACAUUACUCAGAGAGUGGAUCAAAAGGUAGUGACAUAUUUGCGUAUUACAAUGAAUUUCGGUACAGUGUCGUGCAAAAGAAAAUAAUAAAGGUUUAUGAAAUUCGCAUAAAAUAUAAGUUAAAUUUAUUGAGAUCAUAAAAUAAAUGUGUUGAUAAAAUGCCUCUAACAUCAGAAGAAAUCGCGAACCGCUAUCCGAUUCAUUGGAUUGUUUGGAACAACAAGCCCCUAGAAUUAACGGCAGCUCUAAAUAAUAAAAGGUAUCCACCAGAGGAAAUAGAAAAGCGUGAUCCUCAAGGCCGAACCCCUCUACUCCUAGCUAUUACUUUAGGAUACUUAGACGUUGUACAAGUACUCAUUGAUGGGAAUGCCGAUGUGAACUGUGAAAAAGAUGGAUGGACAGCUGUUCAAGAAGCUACUGCAACUGGUAAUCCAGAGUUGCUAUCCCUGGUGCUGUCUCGCCGUGACUACCAAAGACACGUUGUCCGAUCGAGUGGGAUUCCUGAUUUACUAAAUAAGCUUAGUUUGGCACCAGAUUUCUAUGUCGAGAUGAAAUGGGAGUUCACAAGCUGGGUUCCUCUGGUUUCUCGAAUGUGUCCAUUUGAUACAUACAAAGUUUACAAACGUGGUGCGAAUGUCCGAGUGGAUACAACGCUGGUCGGCUUUGAAAAUAAUCGGUGGCAGAGAGGAGACAGGACCUACAUAUUUAGAGGACAAGGUCGGAACGCCAGCCUGGUGGAGUUAGACCACGAGGCGGGGACGUCGUGGUGUGAGUUCCUGGAGUGUGGGGCACGAGAAAACCGCGCUUGGCCCGCCCCCCCUCAACACGUGAUCGACCAGCGUCUUAGCGCCCCGAUCUCUAUCAACUACCUCGACACUGACAAGAUCAGCUUCGAGAGAAACAAGAGCGGCAUAUGGGGCUGGCGACAGGACAAGAGCGAGAUCGUGAACGGGUACGAGUGCAAGGUGUUCGCCGCCAACAACGUGGAGCUGGUCUCCAAGACGCGCUCCGAGCACGUGCCGCGCGGCGAGCGCCGCCAGCACGCGCCGCGCGCGCCGCUCGCCGGCCUGCUCGCGCUCGCCGACGCCGACGACGCGCCCGCGCACGCCGCCGAGCCCGACCACCUGCUCGCCCCCGACCGGGACGAACAACCGAAACGAAGGUACCGAGAAGAGCGCCGACCGUCUGUGUCGUGGCAAGAGUACUUUUCCGGGGAGCCGCUGGAGAGAGACAUCGGCCGCUCGAGGGAGGUGUCCACUAAGGUGCAGAAAUUUAAGGCCACGUUAUGGCUGUGCGAAGACUAUCCCUUGCAGCUUCAGGAGCAGAUAAUGCCUAUCCUAGACUUGAUGGCGGCAAUAUCGUCGCCACAUUUUGCGAAACUAAAAGAUUUCGUUCAGAUGCAAUUGCCAUCUGGUUUCCCUGUGAAAAUCGAGAUCCCGCUGUUCCACGUGCUGAACGCGCGCAUCACGUUCGGCAACAUCUUCGCGACGGAGUCGGCCGUGGCGCACGUGCAGAGCGUGCUGGCGGGCGCGCGGCUGGCGUGCGUGCUGGACGACGCGUGCUUCGCCGUGGGCCGCGCCUACCGCGACGCCGCCGCGCCCGACGAGCGCCUGCCCUGCGACGACGACGAGCUGCUGCACUACGCCAUACAGCAGAGCCUCAUGGAGGCCGGCACGCACGACGAUCAGGUCGUCCGCAUGAGCGACGUUCGGCCUGACGCAGCGCGUGCGCAGGUGGACGUGUGGGAGGCGCUGCGCGGCGCGCGCUGCACGUCGCCGGUGCCGCCGCGCGCGCGCGACCACGCGCUCUUCGCGCACGAGGACGCGCAUCUGCAACGAGCGAUAGAGGCGUCGCUGGCGGACGCGCGGCCGGACGCCGACGAGCACGUGGAGGCGAACGAGGGCGAGCACGAGCCCGAGCACGGGCCGGAGCAAGGCGACGAGGACGAGCUGGACGCAGAGCUGCGCGCCGUGCUCGCCAUGUCUCUGCGCGAGCACGCCGCGCGCGACCAGCAGCUGGCGGACGAGCAGCGGGCGCUCGACGAGGCGCUCCGGCUUUCGCUACUAGAUAAAUAAAUAGAUCUCAAAACGGAAACGUCCACCAAAAGACUUAACGCCUAAGAGUUCGACUGACGACAUUUCAUGCGACACUCGCUCUUAUUCCAAAGAUAUACCGACUAUGAAAGCGACACGGCCGAUGUUUGGUGCGUACUUUGUAUAGUAAGUGUUUUUAUUGCUAUUUGAUAUACGAUAUUAAUACUUAAUACAUUGUAUUAAAGUACAUUUUCUCAAUGUUCAUUAACCAUACUUCUGUAUACUAUAAAAUUGCAUAUAUAAAUUAGAAUAUAAUAUAACAUAUAUAAAAGUAUUUGAAAAUUUACGGCUUAAAUCACGGAAUCAAAUCCUAUUGUAUUGUUUUCUUAAUUUCCGUUGUAAAAUAUAUAGAAGCGACAUUCAAUUAGAUAGUUUUAAUCGCUUUACAUUAUUUAUUUCUAAUUUUUUUUUCUGUUAAUUAUUUUAUAAAACAAACGUCCGAUAGUAAACUGUGUUUAUUUUUGACGUCGCUUUUAAGCGUUUAAUUUAAAUGAUUAGAUAAAUUAAUCUUGUGUUACUUAUAUAACAAAUCCUUCCCGAAUAAAUGUUAUGAAAUAAUACGAUACGUAUAUUCGAUGAAUACGUCCAAACUCGGAAUCGAAGCUGCGAUCCUUUAUAAUCAUUAUAUAUAACUAUAAACUAUACAAAAUAAUUAUAUAAAUAUACGUUAGUAUUGAGAAUUUACUGCCCCAAUUAUACACUGUGUACAAUGUAUAUGUUACUCGUGAUUAUGGGUUGCCACAUCUAAAUAUUUGCAAUUUUUAUUUAAUUUAAUUAAUAAAUCAAAUUAUUAUAUAAAAUUGUUUUUUAAAUUAUAAUAUAAUCUAAAAUAUAAUCUGUUUCUAUUAUUUAAUAUGACGUUGAUUUUAAAAAGUUUUGAAAGAUAUGAAAUGAGGAAGAUUUUUAGAGCGCCCCAAAAUAUAUAUGGGGUGUUUUUUGUAAAGCAUAUGUUAUGAGAAAAUGCAAAAUUAACAAAGUAUCUUAUACAAAAUUAAAAUUACUAUCAAAAUCUGUUCUAAUUUUAUCUUACCACACAUAUGAUGAGUAUUUCGUACUUUAUAAAUUAUUUUGUUUCGUCAAGCCUUAUACCUAAGUUGGGAUGUGAAUUCUACUAUUAACUGGUGUAAAUCAAUCGUUUUCGGUACUCAUUUUCUUUUAGAGAAAAGAUAUCCAGAUCACUAAUACCGUUUGUUAUAAUCGGCGUCAGUAAACCUCAUUUGAUAGCACGAUAAAACUAUAGAACAACGCCAUCUAUUAAUCACUUAUGGCAACUGUACGGAACUUCGUUUCACUUCAUUUAUAUGGUUUAAUUAAAUAUAAUAUUAUGUAUUAAACUGAUCUCUCGUUUAUUAGCAGUUUAAAAAACCUUCUUAUUUAUUAACUUGAAAUAUACUUUUGAAAC